AUGCAGUCCGGCAAGUGCAAGGACCUCACGUUCGAAGAAUGCUUGGCGCAGCAUCCCAGUUACUGCUCCUGGGUGUUGGCUCGUGGCGACAAGCUGAGCACGGCCGAGUACGGCGACUUUCUGAACUUCUUGCGCAAUCGCACGCAGGCAGUGUCCACAAGAUGUGAAAAUGGCGACAAGGAAGCUCCAGCAGAUCCUCAGCCCGCGCAUUCAGGCGGGGGCCAUGACUCGGAGUCAGACCACGUCCCAGAUCCGCGAGAUCAAAACAAAGUCGGUUUUGGCAAGCACAAAGACCUGACCUACGCAGAGCUGCUCUCAAAGCAGCCUGCGUAUUGCCUCUGGGUGCAGCAGGCUGCUGCACAAGGGGACAAGGCCGGCGCAGGCAUGCGUGCUUUUGCCGACUACCUCGAAGGAAAGACCAUCGCGGCAGCUUCGAAUCCACAGCGGAAGCCUAGGGCUCGAACAGCGAGUUCCGGAACUUCCCCUGCUAGCGGCCCAAACCUCGCUCCAAACACUGGCAGGGGGACGUUAGCAGAUGGCAGUUGGCUUGUCAACUUCGGCAAGUACAAGGGUUCCUCGUUCUCGGAGGUGUACACGAAGGAUCCUCAGUACUGUGAGUUCAUUACGAACUCGGUCCUCCUCGCAGAUGAUCAAGCCAAGGCCCCGUCCAGAGACUCCUUAGCCUUCACAGCCUACAUUCAGCAUCGUGCGUUCAUCGUCAUCGCCAACACUCUGGAGUCUCAAGGGGUGAGGUUAGAGUACCAGCUGGUUCGUGUACUCCGCAGCAGACUCGCAGGACAGCUGGCAAGAGAGGUCCACAUCGAUGCAGUCAUGAGCGUUGUUGUGUUUGUUUUCGUCGUGGGCGGGGCAAACAAAGGCCCGAUCGGGGGGACGUCGGUGCAAGGAAACACAGGAGAGGGAGGCUCUGUGUUGAUGGGGCCAAAAGUGGAGCACCGAAUUACGCGCUUAGCACCUAUCGAGAUAUUCGUGCACGGCAUACUUCGCAUAGCAGCACGCAUUUGCUCUUUCUUUCUUGCUUUGGUGUGGUGCAAUAUUGCUGGUUUGGUGGAGUCGUGGCAGGUGAAGCAUCUCAGCGAAUGUGGGCGCAAUGGUCAAAGGCGCAACCAGCUCCUAGACGAGCUGCGAAAAAAAGAGGCAGAGGAGUGCACCUUCCAGCCCAAGACGUUGUCGCGAGGAAGCCCCAGGACCUUUUCCCGCCCGGACACAACAGGUGAAGUAAAGUGGGAGCAGCGCUUGGAUCAGCGAAAGAGAGAUCAGCGUUUAAAGCAAGUGGAGGCACAGCACUAUGCAGAACUCACUUUAAAGCCAAAGAUCAGCCCUUUUGCGCAGGCGUGGAGUCAAAAGCAGGCAGAGGCCGUUCGCGAAAGCCCAAGCACGAACAGUGUGUUCGAACGUCUCUACCAGGCAGCUUUGCAACAGGAGGAGAAGCAAACAGCUGCCAAAAGAGAACGAGAGUCCGACCAGGCCGAAUGCCUUUCUCCACCUCCGCCCAUCAGCAACCGCAACUCCCCUCCACGAAGGAUUCCCACUUCCGAGCUUCUCUACAGCGAUGCUUUAGACCGCCGCGAGAGGCUUCGCAUCAUGACGGAGCAAAUGCAGCUGCGGCGCGAAGAGGAAACAAAGGAACGCUGCGCAGUGCUUUACAAGUCGAGCAGGUUGUACUAUCAGCUCAUCGAGAAGCAAAUCAAGGUGGCGAUGACCAAGCUGAAAAGACGUGCAAGCGUGUCAAACCUGACAAAUGGCUGGCGCCUUUUCAAUGUCACGUCUAACUACAAGCGUAACUUUGCUGCAAGUUUCCUGCUGGGAAAGGACUUCCUGGUGCGCUUCAAAUGCAUGAGGGUUGUUCCACUCUGCCCUUUGAUCGGUGUGGCUUCCGAUCCACUGGAGUUUGCCAUGGCUGUCAGUGAUCAGCAAAAUAGCGUCCACCAAGAGCCGCACUCCUGCCGUAGCGGCAGGUCCCGCGACAAGCAGCGGCAGGUGCGCCAUCCCGAGCUGGCAGCAAUGCCGCGCGCGGCACUGAAACCUUCGCAGCUGUUGGCACGGCCAGUGCUGGGUGCAAUGCCCCGGAGCUCCAAUUCGAAGCAGCAGAAGGACGAGGAAUUCAUGACGCUAACUUUGCCGCAUGCAGAUGCAAAAUAUGCAAAUCCGGAUAUUCGCCUGGGCCAGGAAUUUCCCACGCGCUUCUCGCAUUUGAUCUCUUUGGCGCAUGUACUGGGAAAGAUUGCUGGAGACGUUUGUGCAAGCACGCUUGUGCAUAGCGGCAUAGCCUUCGUCGCGCUGGUGGCCUCGCGUUCCAGUACCGACGGGCAGCUUCGCUGGGCAGCCAGUGCAGCUGCAUCUCUUCUGCUGACCUACACAGUCACCCUGCAGCCGGCGAAUGCGGCGGACGUCGUGAAUUACUCGGACUUCCUAGAAUCGGUCAAGAAGGGAGAUGUGGAAAUGGUGCGUGUGCAGAACGACAUGCUUUCAGCACAGUAUACAACGAAGGAUGGCGCCAGACGGGAUGUAAACUUGAUUCCCAAUGCUCAGAUCGAGGAUGAGCUGUUCAACACUUUGGCAGACAAGAAGGUCGACGUAGUCAUGCAAAAUUCUAACGCCGGCGGUUCUCCGUUCGAUUUCCUCGCACGGUUUGCGGGUCCCAUUGCCUGGCUGAUUGCCGGCCUGCUUCUUUUGUUUGGAGGCUUGCCAUUUGGAGGACGUGUCUGCGGCAUGUCGGGAUUCCUCUCCUGCUUCGAGCAGCUUGGAACCUUGGAGGAUGGUGAUACCAAAGUUAAGUUCGCCGAUGUUGCAGGCUGCGAUGGUGCCAAGCAGGAGUUGGUAGAGGUCGUGGACUUCCUGAAAAACACUUCGAGGUAUUCUGAGCUUGGUGCCAAGAUCCCGAAGGGUGCUUUGCUGGUGGGUCCACCUGGCACCGGAAAGACGCUGCUUGCAAAGGCCGUGGCGGGAGAGGCUGGUGUGCCGUUCUUUAGCAUUUCAGCCUCGGAAUUCGUUGAGAUCUUCGCGGGCAUUGGUGCGUCCCGCGUGCGCGACCUCUUCGAACAGGCCAAGAAGUCUGCACCAUGCAUCAUCUUCAUCGAUGAAAUCGAUGCAGUGGGCCGCCAGCGAAGUGCUGGCUUCGGCCAAGGCAACGAUGAGCGCGAGCAGACGGUGAAUCAGUUGCUGACAGAGAUGGACGGCUUCGAGAGCAACAAGGGAGUAGUUGUCAUCGCGGCAACGAACAGGGCUGACAUCCUGGACCAAGCUUUGGUGCGACCUGGACGUUUCGAUCGUCAAAUCCAGGUGGAUCCUCCGGACGUGCAGGGGCGCACCGAGAUUCUCAAAGUCCAUGCCAAGGAUAAGAACCUGGCACCUGGUGUUGACCUUUCUGCGAUAGCUCGGCAGACACCUGGAAUGUCGGGUGCCGACCUUGCGAAUCUCUUGAACGAAGGUGCCAUCCAGGCAGCCAGAUCGAACAAAGCCGAGAUUGACCCUGACGAUAUCUUCAAUGCUCUGGAACGCAUCUCCAUCGGCCUGGAGAAAAAGGAUGCGGUCAUGUCCGAGCAGAAGAAGAAGUUGGUUGCUUACCACGAAGCCGGUCAUGCCAUCUUGGGUGCGUUGAUGAACGACUACGAUGUUGUGGCGAAGAUCAGCAUUGUCCCGCGCGGGCCAGCUGGUGGGGUCACCAUCUUCAUGCCAUCUGAGGAUCGCUUGAACUCAGGCCUCUACUCCAAGGAGUUCUUGGAGAAUCGAAUGUGUGUGGCACUGGGUGGUCGCCUCGCAGAGGAGAUCAUCAAUGGUAGAGACAAUGUCACCACAGGUGCCUCCAACGACUUCCAACAGUGCACGCAGGUGGCCAAGACAAUGGUGAUGCAGCUUGGGAUGUCGCCAGAGAUUGGCCAGCGCCUCCUGGGAGGACAGCAGCAGGGUGGGCCGUUCAUGGGGCGUGAUUUUAUGGGUGGGGGUGCGCCACCAAUGUCCCAAGCUUUGAAGCAAACGGUGGACGCGGAGGUGAAGCGCAUCGUGGACGAACAAUACCAGCGUGGCAUGAAGCUGCUGAGGGACAACAUGUACCUCCUGGACACGUUGGCAAAAACUUUGAUGGAGGAGGAAAAGGUUUCCGGUGAUCAGCUGAUGAAGAUGAUCAACCAAGCGGCUGCUGAAGGCAAGCUCGUUAUGGGCAACAGCAAGAUGGCCGUGGCAGCGUGUGUCAGCGAGAAGGUAGCAGCAGAUGACCUGGAGUCUGCCAGGCUUCAAGCAGCCUUGUGGAGACACCUAGAUCCAAACAAGGUGGGUCAUACGGAUCUGAAAACCGUGACCCUUUUCUUCCACGUGCUGAUGGGCGCAGUUGACGAUGCAGUUCAGAAUGCGGGCAGCGCCAUGGAGGAGCCGGGAGCUUCACCGAGCAAGUCGACUGCUAGUGAAGGUGGCAGUAUCGCCCUGCAAUCCAUCAAUGAAGAGGGCUUUGCAGAGGCAGUUGACAAGGGGGACUCUGUCCUAGCAGCAUUGAGCAAGACUGCCGGCAUUCAGGAAGAUGAAGACCGGCGGCUGGUAGAAUUGCUGCUGCGAUUCGACCCGUUGAGACUGCGAACCGAGUUCCAGCCACUGUUGCUGCACCGCAUGCACUACCAGGGUAUGGCCGCUCAGGCAGAGCAGGAGCGAUCACCUAGGAAGGAGGAAGGGCCCAACGUGGUCAACCCUGUUAUUGAUGCGCAAUCUCGUUCUCUGGCCGAGAAGUUGCUGGAGAAGCAAAAAAGUGAGUCUGGAAAAGCCACACACGCAGAGCUUCUUUUUUGGCGCCACAAGCAAGUUCAGGCGCGAAAAGAGUCCUUAAGAAAGCAGCUCAGCCAGGAGGAGGAAAAGGGUUGCACUUUCCGACCGAAGUGCAAUCCGUCCAAGCCGAAGGACGGACAUGUCGAGAUACAGACACCGCCGGGCAGCACCCGCUCAGAGGUUCUGUAUGCUCGAGGUCUUGCUGAUAAAGAACGGCGGAAGGCCAAGGUUCUUGAGAGCGAGAAGGCCAGAAGCACAGCCGAGGCGCGAGGAUGCACAUUCCGACCAAAUCUCUCCAAGAGCGUCAACAGUUACCACAAGACUCAAAAGAAUACGCAGCAGGUGCCUCGAGGCUUCUAUGAAACGCGCCAAAGAAUACGCGCUGCCUAUGAGAUCCGUGAAAAGGUGUUGCAGCAACAGGAGGACCGCAUGGCCAAGAUCGAGCAGACGGUCCCUUACCAGGUGUCUGGGACAACUUCAGCCCCUCUGGUUGGCAAGAGCCCACUUCCAUCCACAGGCAAUUCGCCCGGCCUCUCUCCUGUGCCUGAGUCCCCGACGAAGGGGCAGCGACCAGGUAAGGCUGCCGCAACAGGGCACACAAGCUUCACACCGCCGUGGCGAAGCGGCAACCAAGCAGACGGUUUGGAGGAGGGCAUACGCACCGAAGCCGAAGGAGGGGGUCUCGAUUCUCAGCCAGCCACUGGAGAUGAAGGCAAUGCCGAAGGCAAUGCCAGUCCAAAGGAGCGGGCUCAGGAGGAUAUUCCACCAGAUGCGCCGCCCAUGCUUUAUGUGGAUGUGAACAUUACUCAGGGCCAGCCGGCCGAAAGGAUCGUUCUGUAUCAGGGACAGAACGUUAGCGAAGUGGCUGCCGAAUUUGCGGCCAAGCACGUUCUGACACCAGCCUUGGCACAGAAGCUGCAUACGCUUCUCCGAGAGGUUGUGCUGAAGCAGGAGCUGCAGAAUCAAGCGAGGCUUGGGGCCUGCGCAGCGGAGCCGCAGAACAGGAUUUAUCGCGGAGAUGGUUUCGUUCCACAUGUGCAGAUACUGUCGCGCUACACCUUCUGGACCACUGCCAUGGCGACCCAAGUCUUGGAGUGUGGAGGGGUUGUAACGUAUCAAUUUCUGUGUGGUCGUGAGAUUGCGCGCAAAGAUCGCUUCGCAACACAGAUGGCCAACUACUGCUACUUGGUGGUGAACACGUUGGAUCGCUCAGCAAUCGCCGUGGAUGCGGCCUGGGACGUGGAAGGUCUUUACAAGUUGGCGGCUGAGCUGGAGGUGACGAUUCGAGGGUGUGUGUACACUCAUUAUCAUUUCGAUCACUGUGGUGGUGACGUCCACCCCAUGUUCACAGGUGGACAGAAGGUGUUCCUCUCUGGGGCCAAAGAAGUGGAAGAUGCUGGAGGGACGAUUUGGGCAGGGCAGGGUGACGCGGAGCAGAUCCAAAAGCAAUGCAGCUUGAAAGAGGUCGUGGCCAUGCGGGAUGGUGAUGUCAUUCCCUGCGGAGACCUGGUUCUGCACAUUCUCCGCACGCCUGGACACACGCCUGGUUCAAUUUGUGUGUUUGCGGCCCCUCGCGGCCUCUCCCCGCGGUCGACGAUUGGCAGCACCGGAUUGAAAGAAGCGCGGACGAAGGCCGAGGCAGGCCUCUUGAUCACAGGGGACACGCUCUUCGUUGGUAGUUGCGGACGGACGGAUUUGCCGGGAUCCGAUCCGCGAGAGAUGAUGAGUUCCCUGGCCAGGCUUAGCACCAUGGAUCCCGCAGUGGUGGUCUGUCCCGGCCACAACUAUGCCGCGGAGCCCUUCACGACCAUUGGUGCCGAACGGGCUCAGAACGAGAUGGUGAUAAUGGGCCUGUCGCACUUUCCAAGUCCGCCUCCGGUACCACCAUGUGCAAUGUGUGGCGAAGGCGGUCAGAUAUGUGGCCCCAAGAAGUUCCGGAAAGGGCGAAAGGUGCGAAUCGUGAACCUCGCGUCAGAAGCUGGCCAGGCCGAUUGCUUAGGAAGUGCUUGUUAUGAUGCAUCUGCGUGA